AUGUCCGAGUUUCAGAAGGAAGAGCUCUCGCUCGAAGAGACCAACAAGCUUCGUAUAUCUCUCGGUCUCAAGCCUUUGGUCGCCGAUGAUGCACCUGCUCCUGCCAGCGGUAGCGGCGCGACCUCAGCACCCAAGCUGGAUGGAGAUGCGCUCGCCGCGAAAAACUUCCAGGAUAAGCAGGAGCGUGAGCGCAGAGAGCGCGAGGAUGAAGAUGUCAAGGAACGCUUAGCGAAGGCGCAGGCGAAACGCGAUGCUGCACGACGACUCAAAGGUCCCACGCUAGGUGAUCUGGAUGCAACCGCUUCGGCAUCCGCAUCAACGUCGAAAGACACGCUCGCCUGGCUCAAGGAAUCCAAGAAGCGUGCAAAGGAGCAUGCCGCUCGCAGAGCCAAGGAGCUUGAAGAGCAAGAGGCACGUCAACAAGCGCAGUAUCGCGAGUCGGAUCUCGCCGGGCUCCGCGUCGGUCACGAUGCCGACGAAUUCGGCGAGGGCGAGGAGCGCAUCCUGACGCUCAGAGAUGCCGGUGUACUCGACGGAGCCGAUGAUGAGCUCAUGGAUGCUGCGCUAGAUCAAGCUCAACGCGAUGCCAAGAACAUAGAGCGCAAGAAGGGCGCAAAACAGUACACCGGAUUGGACGAGGAAGAGGCGCUCACCGGGAAGAAAGCCGGUGUCUUGUCAAAAUACGACGCCGACCUACCAGAUGGAGGCAUCGCUUCCGCUGAAGAUGCUGGUUUCCGCUUGGGCGCCAACCUCUCCGCUGCCGACCGCCAAGCACAACUCCGGCAGGAAGCUGAACACGCAGCCAGACUCGCCAACAAGCAACUUCUCUCGCUCGACUACGAAAAGAACCAGGAGGUGUCGGACUAUCUGCAGGAAGGCGAUGUCGGGUUCAAAAAGCCAAAGAUCAAGAAGCGGAAGAAGGCAGCAAAGGUCAAGAUCAGCUUUGACGAUGACGACGAGACUGCCGAACCCGGCUCCAGCGCUGCAACAGCGACUGCCACUGCAUCGAAACCGGAUGACCUGCCGGACGUCGACAUGCAAGAUGCUAACGCUUCGACGAGAUCUCGUCAGCAAACGGACAACUUUGUCGACGACGAUGAAUUGCAGGCUUCGCUCGCAAAGUCGCGGCGUAUGAAAGCGAAACGGACAUUCAACAAGAUGACGCCGGAAAUGAUCGCCAAGAAUUUGGCUGCACAGCGAGCCGCUGAAGAGGCGGAGCGGAGGUCGGGUACGGCUACUCCUGGUGUGGCGAAUGGCUCGGCGGCUGCGAAUGGGGACGCGGGGAGGGACGGAGGCGGUCUCACGUUUGACGAGACGAGCGAGUUUGUUCGAGCGAUCAGAGAACGCCCGGCACAGAGCGAAGAGCCAAGGAGGCAGCGCUCUGUUAAGCGGGAAUCGGUGGAAGGUGAGCUGGAUGCUCAUGCAGAUGUCAAGAGGGAGGGUUCAGUCGAUGCUCUCGCUGCCGAUGUGCCAAUGAGCGAGCUCGAUACAACAGCAGUCAAGACCGAAGCAGACGACGAUGUCGACUUGGGUCAGAUCAAAGACGAGCUAGAGGAGGGCGAGGCACUGGAUCCCGUCAAAGUGGAAACCGAGGCAUCUGCGGCCGAAGCAGAUGAACACGAGCCAGUGAUCGGUCGCGGCAUGGCGGGCACGCUGAGCUUCCUGCGCCAGCAAGGCAUGCUCCCGCAAGCCGACCCCUCGCUCGCCUCGCGCGAACAGCAACAGCGACAGUACGACGCCUGGCUCUCGGCGCGACGACUCGAGGAGCAGUCGCGCGAACUCGCGCGCCAAGCCUCCAAGGCGUCCGGCUCGUCGCUCGACCAAGCCACACGCGAAGCCGCCAACCGCAAUCGCGAGCUGGACGAAGCGCGUCUCGCGCAAGAUCGAUUCCGCGACUACAAGCCGGAUGUCGAGAUAAAGUACCACGACGAGUUCGGAAGGGAUCUGGAUCAGAAGGAGGCGUGGAAGCACCUGUCGCACGUCUUCCACGGCAAGAAGCCGGGGACGAAGAAGCAGGAAAAGCGGUUGAGGAAGAUCGAGGAGGAGCAGAAGAGGGAGAGGAUGGCAGCGGGAGAUACGCCCAUGGGCAUGGGCAAGGCGUUCAGGGAGAGGAGCGAGAGGAUGGGCAAGAGCGGCAUGGUGUUGAGCGUCGGGAGCAGGGGUGCGGUUCCGUUGGAGAAUGAUCUGCUGGGUGGAGAGGGCGAGAUGAAGUUGAGCAAGACCAAGGGCAAGGAGACCAGUGGGAAAGCGAGGAAGAAGGUGGAUGGAGGGGAGCUGGUGGGGGUCUUGUCGGAAGGAGCAAGUGUGGUGGCGAGUGGGGAUGCGUCUGGAAGCGCGAGUGUGACGCAGGGAGGUGGUGGAUGGGCGAGGAUCGGAAGUGCUACGCCAGCGCCGGCGGGGAACGGAGCUUCGACGGCGGAGGUUUCUGGAGCAAGUGCUGGGUUCAAGCCGGUAUCUGCAGCUGGCUUUACCAGCAUCUCUCGAGAUUCGCCGGCGGCAGGGGAAGGUGGUGCAGACGCGGCUGGACGUGCUAACACACCGUCCAGUGUACCCUUCCGGCUGGCUUUCAGCGAAGUCAAACGUAAAGCUGAAGGUCAAUGA